AUGUCUCAGAAGACGAGGAGUAUCGCAAUCAUCUCCGUCAGUUCUUGCCUCUUUGUGGCUGUGGUGGUUGGGGUCGGCGGAAAGAAAGAAACCGAGUUAGACGAAGAAACCACGAAUGGGAAUAAAAAUGCAAUGGUCUCUUCCUCCAAGAAGGCGGUCCAGUUGAUUUGUGAACCAACGGAGUUCAAGGAUACAUGUGAAGAACAACUCUCGGAAGAAGCCGGAAAUAGGACGGACGUUAGAGACCUGGUUCGAGCAGCGUUUAAGGCAACGAUGAAGCAUGUGAAUCAAGCAGUGGAGAACUCAACGUACCUGAGGGAACUUGAGGAAGAUGAAGGGACCAAAAGUGCUUUUGAUGCAUGCAAAAUUCUAUUGCAUGACACUGUACGCGAACUUGAAAAAUCAUUUGAUGUGGUUGAGGAUGUAGAUGUCAUCAACGUUCAUAAACUAUUGGGUUAUUUGAAGAUUUGGUUGAGUGCUACCAUUGCUUACCAACAAGCUUGUUUAGAUGGGUUCGAAAAAACGAAAUCCAAAACCCAUGCUUCACGCAAAAUGAAGAAGCUUCUCAAUAUCACGAUGCAACUCGGUAGAAAUGGACUUGCAAUCGCGUGA